GGCAACUGCCAUGUCUGCCAAACAGCAAGAUUUGCAAGUGAUUGAAAGUCCAGACUACGGUAUCCUUUUAAGUUCUACUAGCAGUUUAACUGGCUCUGUGGUUAUGACGUAAUUAAAUAAUUUCACUGGUAUUUGUGGUUUUGAGAAACUUUUGAUAGCACAUCAGCUGUUUAGCAACAUUUUGCAAUGUGCAUUGUUUGGAAAAGUUCGUUUCGUUUAGUCGUUUACUGUUGUGUUUGCGAAUUUGUAUAAUUUUUGAUGUAUGAUUGUCCGACAAUUAUCGUUAUCGCUGUUGUUCCGCGGUUUGGAUGGGAAUUACGCGGCUAUACGCUGAAGCGUCUCCGGUGAACUGAUAAGACGUGAUGAACGGUGUUGCACUUUAUCCCGGUUGAUAAGCAGCGUCGACUCGUCGAGUGUGCGAGUUUUCAUUUUGAAAUUUUUCGGAGUUAUCUCCAACUGGAGACUGCGUUGAAAGGCUUCUUCGACGGGCCCCUUGAACGUGAUUCGCUAUUAGAGUACAGCGCGUUAUAUUUGGAAUUUUUUUUAUUGUACGAGAUUAUUAGUAUUUGUUGAGAAUGGCAACCGGUGUUGAAGUUCCUGUUGUUAAUCUUUCCAUCCCGACGAUGGACCCGUUGAAAUUUGCUCCCGAAUCUCUCGUCGGGAUGAACCAGUCCAACGCAACCGGUGUAUUUGAUGUGGCGAAGGAUCUAUCCGAGCGAAUGGAUUUUUUCCAUCUCCGCGCGCUGUUUUACCUUAUCUCGCCGUCGGAAGUCAUCCCGCACGGACUUCCGGUAAACGGGAGUUAUGGGAAUGAGACGGACAUGUAUCCCGACUACCAUCUCGUUCCGGAUUAUUUUUCCAACACCGUCCCGGUGUUUAUGCUGGUAUGUUUGUUGGAGUUGUUCGCGAACUUUGUUCUGACGGGGGAGGGCUUCCGGAUCAACGAUACGCUGGUAUCGUGGAGUGCCGGCGUCCUGUCGCACAUGGCCAAGUUGUGCGUCAAAAGUCUGAACACGGUGGCGUACGUGUGGCUGUUCCGUCACUACCGCCUGACCACCCUGCCCCUGGACACGUGGUGGGCCUGGAUUCUGGCCAUCCUGGCCACGGAUUGCGCGUACUACUGGUUUCACCGGGCCAGUCAUGAAAUCAAUAUUUUCUGGGCGGCCCAUCAGGUCCAUCACAGUUCCGAGGAAUUCAACCUGAGUGUGGCGCUGCGGCAGAGCGUCGUGUCCAAUUUCGGAGCGUGGGUGUUCUAUCUGCCGAUGGCUGUUCUCGGAUUCACCCCGACGGCCUUCUUAAUUCACCAGCAUUUCAAUCUGCUCUACCAGUUCUGGAUUCACACUUCGCUGGUUAAAAAUUUGGGAGUGCUGGAAUUGGUACUGAACACACCCAGUCACCAUCGCGCUCACCACGGCCGCAAUCCCAUCUAUAUUGACAUUAAUUACGGCGGAGUGUUUAUUAUCUGGGACCGCUUAUUCGGCACAUUCGCCCCAGAAUCCCCCAGCGAACCGGCGUUUUACGGGCUGGUGGGCCGGCUGGAUUCCUACAACGCCAUCUGGGUGCAGAUUAUUCGCUUAGCAGAGAUUUGGCGCCGGAUGAAACUCUUCCCGACCAUCCCCGAUAAACUCUCGGCAGCAUUGAAAGGUCCGCGUUGGCGUCCCGGUCUCCCAUUCCUCGGCGUCCUCAACCGCAUCCCCAUCCGCGAGAAGGAAGACCACCCCGAGAUCCGCUACGACCCGCAGAUACCGGCCUGGAUGACCAGCUAUGCCGUCGUCCACUUCCUGCUGGUCCUCCCCUACUUCCUGUCCUUCAUCCGCGCCCACGACGCCUGGUCCAACGCCGAGACGGUCGUCUCGUUGGCGCAUGUCACCUGGAGUCUGGCCAACAUCGGGUCGGUGCUGGACGGGGCCUGGUGGGUGGCCAUCGCCGAGGUCCUGCGGUGCGGCGUGAUGGGACUGGCGUGCAGCCGCCUCCCGGGGGCGGCGUUGUGGGGUGCGGAGGUGGUGGGACUGGUGCGGCUGGUGUACGGGGUGUCGGCGUGCGCGUGGAUGGCCAAUUUGUAUGUGCGCCCGCGGAAGUCCCAUAACAGAGUCCCCGGGAGGAAGGUGGAGUAGACCCGGAAAGAGGAGUGCCUUGUUAGCGUUGUGAUUGGUCGGUUGCUCGUAGUGUUGUUGUGCGGUUUUUUCGAUUAAUGGCAGCUUUUGUACUUGCGGUGAUUUUUACGAUAGUGUGUGUGUGAUUCUUUUGCGGUGCUGCGGAAAGAUUUUGAUAUAUUAAAUUUUUUAAGUUUU